UUUGGCUUCGGUAAUUCUUUCUGAAUAAUGGCGAGAACCAAGCAGACCGCUCGUAAAUCCACCGGAGGUAAAGCCCCGAGAAAACAGCUGGCUACUAAAGCCGCUCGUAAGAGCGCACCCGCCACCGGUGGCGUUAAGAAGCCCCAUCGUUACAGGCCCGGUACCGUGGCUUUAAGGGAGAUUCGUCGUUAUCAGAAGUCCACUGAACUACUGAUUCGCAAACUACCUUUCCAGCGUCUGGUGAGAGAAAUCGCUCAAGACUUCAAGACGGACCUGCGUUUCCAGAGCUCCGCUGUUAUGGCCCUGCAGGAGUCUAGCGAGGCUUAUUUGGUCGGUCUGUUUGAGGACACCAACUUGUGCGCCAUCCACGCCAAGAGGGUCACCAUCAUGCCCAAAGACAUCCAGCUGGCCCGCCGCAUUCGUGGAGAGCGCGCUUAAAUCCACAGCUGCUUCAGCCAGACAAACCCCAAAGGCUCUUUUAAGAGCCA